GUCACGUGAUUUUCCAAGAUGGCCGCUGUGAGUCUAAAUGACAGUUGAGGAGCUGCAGGUCGCUACAGACGUCUGCAGGAAGAAAUAGAUGAGUUUCUGAUCAGUCUGUCUCCUCAUCGCUGCCGACAUGAGUAAGAACGACUUAAUCCUCCCCAAAGACUUUCCUCAGCUAAAGAAUGAUGCAUUCCUGCGAGCGACAAGAGGCGAAGAAACCGAACAUGUGCCGGUGUGGUGUAUGAGACAAGCUGGAAGAUACCUGCCAGAGUUUCGCGAGUCCAGAGCAGGGAAGGACUUCUUCGAGACGUGUCGGUCGCCGGAGGCCUGCUGUGAACUCACUCUGCAGCCUCUGAGACGUUUUCCCUUCGAUGCUGCCAUCAUCUUCUCAGACAUCCUGGUUGUCCCACAGGCCAUGGGUAUGGACGUCCAGAUGGUGCCAGGUAAAGGUCCUACAUUCCCAGAGCCCCUGAAGGAGCCAGAAGACCUGCAGCGUCUGCGGACCAAAGUGGACGUAGACAAGGAGCUGGGCUACGUCUUCAAAGCCAUCACACUGACCAGACACAAGAUCGAGGGCAAAGUUCCUCUGAUUGGAUUCACUGGAGCUCCGUGGACGCUCAUGUCCUACAUGAUAGAGGGCGGAGGCUCCAACACUCACUCUAAAGCGAAGCGUUGGUUGUACAGACACCCUGAUGCCAGCCACAUGCUGCUGAAGAUGCUGACGGAUGUGAUCGUGGAGUAUCUGCUGGGUCAGGUGGCAGCAGGAGCUCAGGCUCUGCAGGUGUUUGAGUCUCACGCCGGCAUUCUGGGACCUGCAGAGUUUAAAGAGUUCUCCCUGCCGUACCUCCGUGACAUCGCACGCCGGGUCAAAGACAAACUGAAGGAGGCAGGACAGGAUGUCCCCAUGAUUGUGUUUGCGAAGGAUGGCCACUACGCUCUUGAGGAUUUAUCUCAGUCGCAUUACGAGGUGGUCGGGCUGGACUGGACCGUCGACCCGCGAUCUGCACGGGAGCGAACCGGAGGGAAGGUCAGCCUGCAGGGCAACAUGGACCCUUGUGCUCUGUACGCUCCAAAGGAGCGUAUUUCUGACAUCGUGAAGAAGAUGCUGGAGGGUUUCGGCACCAGAGGCUACAUCGCCAACCUGGGCCACGGCCUUUACCCCGACAUGGACCCGGAGAACGUGGGCGCCUUCGUGGAGGCCGUGCACCGGCACUCCAAACAGAUGAUCAAACAGAUGUAAAGAGGACGUGUGUGAACCAAACAGGCCUUAUGAUGAUGAAAACAUUUAUUUUACUGUGACAAGUAGUAAAUAUUGGUGUUUAAAUACAGAAAAAUUACAUCUUUGCUUGAGCGGUUUUCCGCAGGAGGCUGAAUAAAUAAACUAAUACGAAGAUGAAAAACAUCCAGAUCAACAUAAAUUCAGCAUGUUCUCAUCCAGUGAUGAAAACAACAUGUCGCUUUUCUAAGACAAGAUUUUCUCUUCAUCUGUAAAAUGUUUAUCUGAGCAGGAGUGGAUUAUGUGUUUGGAUUGCGAAGGGAUGACAGCAUUUUUGCAAGUACAUGUACAUUAAAAACGCAUUUUAAGUAGAA